CUUGCCGCUGAUGAUAGCGGUGGGCACCGAUCAAGUUCUUUUCCGGGUUACUGGCUACGGCCGCUGUUCCUGCUGUUUUUUUGUUGCACUGUCUAGCUCACCGUCCGGAGAGACAUGAAGGGCGAGAAAGCGUUCGUAGUGUUAGCGGUGGUGACAGUGUUGCUGAGCGGCACGCUGAGGGCUGAAGCGGCGCGAAGUCGCAGGGAGCCCGGCUACAGUCAGAACAGCUUUCGCCGGGCGGCUAGUGGGCUCUACCAGAGCUUGAGCAACUUGAUCGGCGAGGACAACGUGCGGGCGAUGCACCGGUUCUUCUCUAAAACAACUGAGAGAUUUGUGCAUGGUGUGGAUACAUUGCUGGAUACCAUCUGGAAAGUUUGGACAGAUUUGCUUGAUGUAUUGGGGAUUGACUCAUCAAACCUCAGCCAUUACUUCAGUCCAGCUUCAGUGGCUAACUCUCCUGCCCGUGCCCUGUUGUUGGUGGCUGCUGUUCUCUUUUCAUACUGGCUGCUAUCACUUUUCCUGAGUGGAUUCUUCUACCUCUUGCAUGUAGUAUUUGGCCGCUUCUUCUGGUUGGUGCGGGUCACACUCUUUGCGCUGUCAUGCCUGUACAUCCUACAGAAGUUUGAGGGGGAUCCUGAGCGUGCUGUUGUGCCGCUCUGCUUCGUUAUGGCCAUCUACUUCAUGACCGGUCCUGUGGGGUCUUACUGGAGGAAAACCAGCAGCACUUUGGAGGAUAAGAUCGACCACCUUGACAGCCAGAUCCGUUUGCUAAAUAUUCGUCUAAGCAGAAUAAUUGAAAGUCUUGACAGAUCGAGUGAGCAGUAGUGACUGCGUGGGAGGCUACAGGGUGCCAUGGAAGCAUUUGUUAAGCUGUCCACUCGCACCAGCAAAUCAAGUGAAGCACCAUCCAGAAGCAAAUUGUUACAUUCAUUUGUAAUCAUUUAAUGUCCACCAAGAAGAAAUCAUUUUUAUUGUGACUUUUUGGUUUAUUUUGUAAAAAUCCUUGUAAUAGACCACAUCUGUGAUUGAAGACUUUAAAGGAUGUUGACCAGCUGGAAGAGUUUGCAUGAAUCACAGUCUAGUGUGUGUUUGGCUGUUUGUUUAAUAAUAGUUAGAAUCAGUGAUGUCACAUAAAAAAAAAAAAAAAAAAACAGUAUUGAUUGCAAGAAAUUGGGUCUACCUUUGUCCCUUCACCAAGUUCUCUUUUAAUUGCUGCCUUUCUGGGGAUGCAGUACCUUGUAGCACUGACAGUGGUCUAAGCUCAGUGACCUGAAAAUGUCAAAUGUGUGCCCUGGCAGCAUCUUAUCAGUUAUGAUGUAGUGAGCCAGGCUAUUGCUUCGGGUUGUCUAUUUAAACACUUAGGAAAUUAAAGCUAAUUCCUCUUUAAUGUACCAGUGUUGCUGUGCAUGCUUAGUGCCUAAUAAGGCUUAAGAGUCGAGAGUUAUUUGCCAAAAGGUAAGCAGAGAAGAAAAAGAAUGCAUUGAGUGGUGCAGACCCUGAGAGCAAGGCUGUGGUUUGAUUAUUUCUGCUCCAUGCUGAGCGAUAUACAGUAAACUCAUAUUCCACAUGAGCAUUUUCAGGAUUUCUAUUAUUUGCACCAGAAUAUUAACAUUUUGCUUCAUUUUUUAUCUGACUUAAUCAUAGAGUGCAGUGCAGUCAUAUCUGAUCAUAAAUGUAGUUGCAAUGGAAUCUAUAUUUUUAUUAUAAAAAGAUCAAAGUAGAAAGGCUGCUACAGAAUCACUUGAAAGAACUGUGCUUGUUGAAUUUUGGUUGUGCUCAUCAGCUCCACCUAUAUAGGUUUUCUCAGGCAAGAGGGUAGUCACUGUGCAAUUAAACUGCACUUCUCUCUCUUCUGUCAGUAACAAUCUGGGUUUAUUAGAGUGAGACAUUCCCAUAAAGGUUUUUAAGACUUUUUAAACUUUUAAAUGAGAAUUUUCAGAAAAAGCAGGACCACCAUUAAUCCCAGUAAAGCAAUAGUACUUUUACAGCUCAUGACUAUAUUGUUCUUUUUUAAUUUAUUACUAUUUAAUGUUUGAAGUGGAUUUAUCUGGAGCAAGGGACCCUUGUAGCAAUGUUGGAAGACAGCAGUGUAACUCAGGGAGACAACAAAAUACAGGGCAUUUUUGCCAUCAAAUACCAAUUGUGAUUCUUGCAAAGAAAGCUGGACAUUCAGGGCCACAAUUCUGUUGAGACAAAGCAGUUGCCUUCCAACAUAAUAACCAGACCAUGUACCAGAAGGAACCUGCAUGUUUGACUAUUGAAAAGUUUUUUUUAUCUUGUGAUGUUUCUACUGAAGAAGGAUAUGCACAAAACACUGCUUUUAAUUAUUUUACUUAGUAUGGAAGCAUGCAUCUACUGUAGCCUAUAGAGGCAGCUAUGUUGUGUUUUUCAGUGUUGUGUUUCUCUUAGCAGGUAUUCAUCAAAAUGUUUUAUUAGAGGAGCAGGGAACUCUAAACUUCACUGUACAACAGUGCUAAUGCUGCUGUCAAGUAAACCUUCUGGGAGUUGUAUGGUUUUAUUUAUUUAUUUUUUAAACUCAGGUUUUAGGGGUAUGUUGUGACAACACAGAAGAACUAUAAAAGUAGCCUCCAUUUUCUGAUGGGAAGCUGUAUCAAAAUAUUUUUCACAUUUCUAGACUUAGGUGUGAGGGGUGAAGGGGGUGAAUUGGCGAAUUACUAAGAAGCAAGUUUUAUUAUUAUAGGUAAAAUGGUAACCAUUUAUUGUUAAGAAUCCUUAAUACUUGAUUCAUUAAAUAUAAAUAAGAUAACGACCCUACCCCCUUAAACCUUAGGAAUAACUGUAAAUCUGCAUUAUUGCUGGAAUAUCAAUCAGUUGCUUUAAUUUACUAAUUGUUGGAAAUAAAUUCCCACCCUCUUCUUUUCAACAGCUUUUUAUUAGGAAGACCUCUUUUAUAAGGCCCACUUUGAGAUGAAGUUGUUGCUCCCAUUAUGGUUGUGUUGGCAUUUGUAUUUCUUGAACUGGACCACAUUCAUUUAUGUUUUGAAACUCCAAAGUAUGAUUCGUAUUUUUUUAAGCUGAAUUGAACAGUCAUGUUUAUUAGAAUCAGUUCUGGUAUCUGUGUAGUAUAAAUAUUUUAAAUUGGCAUAACACUAUAAAAUAUGGCAAAACAAUAAGACAUUUUCAAGUACAGUAUGUCCAAUUCCAUCCCCAUUCAUUAGAACAGUGGCUAAAGGGAAAGGUGUAAUUGUUUACCUUAGAUGGAAUUGAUACCAACUGAUCAGUAACACUUUCUUCUCCUGUCUCAAGAAAUGGAGAUAAAUCAGCUAUAUCAUGAAAACACUUGGUAAAUUAGCUCAAGCACUGUUGGAAGUGGUAUAUUAUUUGCCCUUUGGGGACCUAAACAUUUUUACUUUGUGUUUGUUGGUUAACUGCUUUAUAAAGGAAAUGUUAACCAGAGUUGGAACUGAGGUGAGACGUAUCCAAUGAAAAAGGCUUAUAUUCCUGAAAAUAAAUGGCAGCUGGCUGAUUUCUUUUUCUGCAAGUGUGAUUAUGUCUCCACCUGUGGGCUGCUAACAAUCUAUGAUUAUCAUGUCACAGAGAGAGUGAUACACAGGCCUGCCUGUGCCUCUGCUGCCACCACACAGUGCAAUACCUAGUGUAAGAUGUUGUAGAUCAAUUGCUGGCCCAAUUCCUCUGCCCUCCAGCAUCUUACAUGUUUGAGAAAGUUAACAUGACUACUUUUCUGUGUUUCACCUGAGGUUUUAGAUAGACAUAUCUAAUGCCUGCUGAGGAUGCUGAGUUCUUCAGUGCCUUUUCAAACUCUUGAACAUAGUAUUAGGGUCUUGCAUACAUGCCAUAUUUACAUUCCAAUGUGUUAAUGACUACUGUUACAUUUUGUUGUGAAGGUAAUAUUAGGUAAUGUUAGCAGCAAAAGUGAAAAGUACCAACAUUCUAUUCCUUGAAAGCUGACUCAAUCUGCCUCUCGAGAGAGUUUAGUGUAAUUUCAUUAUUAAAUGGUAAUUUCUGAACAAAGAUGAACAUCCUUUCAAAAUGGGUUGGACUGAGUCAGAGCAACUUUUUUGUAGCCACUGUUUUUAAUUGCUCUAUAAUUAAUCACUGGAAAUUUAUAUUUUUAAAAUUGCAGAUAAAAGUGUAAUUUAUUUUAAAAGGGGGGCAAUGGUUGGUAUUGACAAUGAAUUUAGGAAUCUUGCUUAGGAUUAGUAAUAACUGGGAUUGUUCAUGAAGGAUAUUGGCAUAUUACCAGUAUAAGCUUAACCCUUUGUAGGGAAGUAAUUUGCAUUGGGCAUUUUGUGUUUUUAAUUUAAAUGCACUAACAAAGACCAUGUGAAAUACAGUGGUUUAAAGUUUACCUGUGAAGAUGGGUCUGGGUGCAGUGGCUAAAGGACUUGUUCUUCAGUUUAUAUAGGCAUGCUAUUUAUAGUUUUUUAUUAUUAUAAUAAAGCUUGUUUGUGUUUGUAGCUUUAGGUAUUUUGUUUAUAUUUAUUAGGGGGAAGAAUUAAUGUGAAGUUGCCCAAAACAAUGUGCUCGGUUUUAUGACCUCUAUCUGGGUCUCGGAUCCACGUACACAAGCAACAAGUUUUGUAGUAGCACAAAUCAAAGGGAAGUGUUUUUUAUUGAACAGUUUUGUUUUCAGAGUCGUUAAUAUGUAUUUUAUAAAUCGUAAUCUCACUUGCAGGACCACUUCUAUUUUGAUGUUCAUCAUAGUUGUAAAGACUAUGCUCCUUUUGUGCUUUAAUUUUUUUAUGGUAAAUUUAAUGCUUUUUUAAUAUAUAAAUAUCCUUCUUGUAGAUUAACAUUUGGUGUACAUGCAGUUAAUGUUGUUCAUUCAAAGGAUGGUUGUAAUGUGUAAAUUUCAAAGUGUCAUUUUUCCAAAAUUGAUGAGCAGUUGAAAAAAUAAAGCCAUUAUGUUGAUUUAAAA